UAAAGGGUGGCAUGCCAUGAUCUAAGAGCCAAGAAUGUUCCAGUCAUUGAGUGACUGUCCCUCCCAAGGGGGCUUGCAGGUACUUUUGGCCUUGUUUCCCAAAAUCCAUUCAUUUUCCCUCAUCCCUCCCAUAUACCCUAACCCUCUUAAGGAUUCUUCCCAGAUGCUUCAGAAGCAAAAUAAUAGAUGGUAAUUGAGGUUAACGCCACAAAAAAAAAAAAAAAAAAGGGACAGUGAGACAAGGAACACCGGCUUUGACAGGCCAUGAGACAGAGAGCCCUCGUCUGUGCCCUUGUCGCCCAGGCAGAGCCGCACGUCUGACAUGGCUGUGUAAAGCAUGCAGGCAGGCCGUGGGUAAGGAGGGAGAGAACAAGGCUGCCCCUGGCUUUGUGCAUCGUGACGGCCAGAUGGGAUGAGGUCGAGCUUCGGUACCCAGUAGAUUCUAGUAUCCUGGCUGUGGGCACGCUUACAUUAUUAAAAGGCUCUUUUAGGCUUGACACGACUUCGUUUUGGCCUGAAGCAUUCAGGCACACACUCAUUUGCGUGGAAGAUUGAUAAGGUUAUUAGAAUCUCUAGUUCUGCUAUUUUUGGUAGAAUUCUUUCAGCAGGGUUUUUUUUUUUUAAUCGUGGCUGAAUGGAGCUAUAUCAUAAUGAUAUAGUAUCAUAAAAAUUCUCCUGUCUUUCUGUAUUUGGAAACACAUCAUCUAUAACUAUUCCUUUUUAUUCUGUAAGCCUCAGCCCUUUUGGAUCCCCAGAAGUAUAUGUAGUGGUUAGGAAAAGCUCUUUGCAACCAUGGUCUUUAAUAAACUUGGUUGAAUAAUGUUGACCAAGUCCUAGCUAAUAACACGGUGGCAGUAGAGAGCAGUGUGAUGAUAUUGGUGCAGAGAGGUUGAAAAUUUCAGAACACUCAAAUCCAUACACUUGGGGCUUACAGCAGCUUUUUGAGAUUGGGAAGAAGAUGGAUUAGUAUCCCUUUUAAUAGAGAGGUUGCAUUAUUUGCCCAAGGCAAAGAAGUAAACAGAAUUCAUUUCUGUUAUUGAACUGGUAUUUAUACCUAAGUAUUCUGGCUCAUGGUCCUACACAGCUCUCUACAAGGUGCUAUCCCAGUGGCUUUUUCCCCUUUGUUCCUGAGGAAUGGGCUUUGGUAAUAUCUCUGAAGUCUUAUGACGUUUCAGCAGGAUUCUAUGUCUCUGAACCAAGUUUAAGCAGCUGCCACUGACCCUGACCUUGAGGGCAGCAUGUGCAUAAUUGGCUCUCAGUUCCCUUUCUGGCUCCUACAUGCCACCACUUUUGGGCCCUAAGGAUGAACUGAAUCAAAUCAUAUUUAGGGGGAAGACGCCUAAGCAGCUGCUUCCACAUUUUAAGUUGUUCCCGCUUGAAAUAAACAAGCCAUAAUACCCUUUUCCUUUUGUCAUCAGUGUAGCCACCACCUCUGUCACACCUUGAUGAAUGUGGAGGAGGAGGCAAUAAAGUGGCUAUUACUAAAGCUGGGAGGACAAGAUGGAAUUGGAGAUGGGCCUUAACAUUAAUAAGCAAAGACAAAAUGAUUCACUGGAUUUUGUGAAAUAAGAAACCUGACCAGGAAGUACAAGGAGAUUGCGCUUGCACCCCUUGGGGAAAGACAUUUUCUGCUCCCGCCAAGUUGGCAGGGCUUGCAUCCUGAACCUCCUGGGUGUGUCUUAAUUGCCAGUUCCAGCACUUCCCGAAAGCCCCACUCUCUCCUCCAGUGGUCACCGUGGAAGGAUCAUGGGAGAGACAGAAGGGAAGAAAGAUGAGGCUGAUUAUAAGCGACUGCAGACCUUUCCUCUGGUCAGGCACUCGGACAUGCCAGAGGAGAUGCGAGUGGAGACCAUGGAGCUAUGUGUCACAGCCUGUGAGAAAUUCUCCAACAACAACGAGAGUGCCGCCAAAAUGAUCAAAGAGACGAUGGACAAGAAGUUCGGCUCCUCCUGGCAUGUGGUGAUCGGCGAAGGCUUUGGGUUUGAGAUCACACACGAGUUUCCUGAGCCAUGCCCAGUGUGUGAACUUGUUGACAUCUGUAGCCCCAGGCCCUCAGCCAUCUCAUGCGGAGUCCCAAGGUGUCCACGGGCCAGCAGGUGGCAGUCUCUGGGGGGAAUGUGGGGUGGGGAAGUGCAACAGGGUAAAGGAGGUGGGGAGAUGGGAUUUUUCCCAUGAGGGUGUGCCAGGCCCCCCUUCCUCAAGAGCUGCCCUCCCCUCAAAUCCCGGGAGUCCCACUGCCCUUCCGUCCCAGUGCUAAGGAGUGUCCGCUGCCCUUACCAUCAGUGGCCAUAUGAAAAUGGCCCCAGGAAGGAGCCUCUCCUCUCAAGGGACACGGGCAGCUUCUCUCCUUGUCCUCUGGCCCAGUGCUGACCCCGGCAGAAGCCGCUCCCCCGCUUGGCCCCAGGCUGAACAAGCCACUGCAUCUCACUGGGCAGCCGCACCGCAGCCCCGGCUUUGGCAUGGAGACCAGGCAGCCUUUGUCCGUCCUUUCCACCCACCAGGCAUGAACCUUUCGCAUUGCCUCAGCCCGCGCAGUUGAAAGCCAGGGGCCGGCGGGUGGGAACUGCAGCCGGGCAGUUUCUGGAGGUGUCCCUGGGCCUCUGGCGAGACGCCUGGGCCAGGGGUGCUCUCGCCGCGAGGCUGCUUCCGCAGGGAACCUGGCCCGCCAGCUACUUGUCAUCAGGGACUGCAUGCUGAUUUGUACUUAUCUCUGCUGGCUUUUCUAUAUUCUUUUUGAGUGUGGGGAGAAGGGUUUUAGUAGAAGGGUGAAUCAUAUUUUACACAGCAGUCUUAUUUAUAUAAAUGUCUUGGUUUUUACAAUUAAAACUUCCAAAAACUGA